AUGACAGAAAGUAAUUUUUCGUUGAAGAAGAUAGAAAUUAGUGUUUCAGAAGCAGAAAAGCGAACUGGAAGAAAUGCCAUGAACAUGCAGGAAACAUAUACUGCUUACCUCAUUGAAACAAGGUCAGUUGAACAUAGUGAUGGUCAGAGUGUCCUAACAGACUCACUGUGGAGGCGGUGUAGUGCAUUUGAGUGGUUGAGAAACUACCUUUUAGUUUACUAUCCACAUAUUGUUGUGCCACCUCUACCAGAAAAAAGGGCAGAAUUCGUUUGGCAUAAACUCUCUGCUGACAACAUGGACCCGGAUUUUGUGGAAAGACUACGAAUUGGUUUAGAAAAUUUCCUCUUGAGACUUGCUUCACAUCCCAUCCUUUGUAGAGACAAAAUCUUCUAUUUGUUUUUAACACAGAGAGUAGCAGAUCGACUAUAUGGUGUGUAUAAAGUACAUGGGAAUUACGGACGAGUUUUCAGAUUCGGUUGCGCCUGCGUUUUGUGCCUUCCCCGGCCUGAGCGGCCCAGGCAGCCAGAGGCUUGGGCGCACUCUCCCCGGGUACGGCGCGCCUUGUCCCUCCGCGGUGAGCGGCUCAGGCAGCCAGAGGCUUGGGCGUACUCUCGCUGGGUGCAGCGCGCCUUGUCCCUCCGCGGCGGGCAGCUCAGGCAGCCAGAGGCUUGGGCGCACUCUCCCCGGGUACGGCGCGCCUUUUCCCUCCGCGGCCCCAGCGCGCACCGCCAGUCGGGUCUCAGAAGUCUUUAG